AUGGCUAUCACCAAAAAGAAUCUAGCAUAUGUUCUCACCAUUGUGCUCGUCGUAUCUUAUGUUCAUUGUCGUUCAACAUCUGAUAACAUUUCAGGUUUUGGAAUUGAAAAGAAUGACAAGAUGUGCUUCAAAUCAAGUGAGUGUAUGCAACCCGACAUGGAGGAGUCAAGGGACAAAUCCAUGUUUGACUAA